GCUUAAUAAAAUAUAUUACGUAUUAAUGUUUAAUUUGUGUUUUCACGUCAUUAAUAAUAAUAAGUAGAAUCUUCCCUCAAUAACAUUCUACAAACGUAAAAUACGUCACGUAAGAAACCCAACCGGUAAUUUACGUGUAUUAUACAUGUAUAAAACUAAGUAUAAUACGUUAAGUAUUUUACGUGCCCUUCCCUGGUUAUCACACUUUUAUAGUGUUCAAUCGGAAGUUGUCUCAUCGGAUGUCAAUAAAGAGAAGACAAAAAUUUUCUAAAGAUGGCGAUGUGGAUUCUGUUUUUUUCAGUCAAGUGAUUAUUCGGAAAGUUUUGUUUAUACGAAAAGGGGAAUAAUGAUGAAAUGACGAGACAAAAAUGAAACGUACCAACGACGUUUAUUUGUUUCAAAUCUUAAAUAUUUUUCCUGAAAACAUCAUAAUAACAUGAGAAAAUAAUAGUUUCAUUUCAGGAUAAUAUUUAAUUACUUAAAAAUAAUUAUUCAAUCAUGCCGGCCGAUUUGAGAUUUGAAGACAUGUCAAUUUUGAAAAAUGACAACGUGAGGAUUCGCGACCUGGAAAGUGUAAUUAAUAAGAUAAAAACAAUUCGCGAUGAUGGUCCAACGAAAUUGCAAAUGGUCACAGAUUUUGAUCGAACAAUCACCAAACAACAUGUCAACGGACAACAUAUUCUUAGCAGUUUCGGUAUCUUCUUUGAAAGCUCUCAAAUUUCCGAGAAGAUGAAAGAAGAAAAGCAGCGAUUAUUUGACAAAUAUCGACCAAUCGAACUAGAUCAUGACUUGGAGCUUGAAAAGAAAAUCGAGGCGAUGGAAUCAUGGAUGACUGAAACGGAUGAUUUUUUGAGAGGAGUUAAUUACGAUCCUUGUGAGAUUGAAGAAGUUGUGAAGAUUCAUGGCACUGAUGUUCGUGACAGAACGAAAGAAUUGAUUGACAGGUUGAACGCUGCUAAGGUACCGGUACUUGUCUUUAGCGCUGGACUUGGUGAUGUCGUUGAGGCCAUUUUGAAGCUCCAUGAUGUCUUUCUAAAUAAUGUUAAAGUGGUGUCCAACUUUCUGAAUUACAAAGACGGAAAUAUUAAUGGAUUCAAAAACGAUCAACUGAUUCAUGUUUUUAAUAAAAAUGAAAAUGUUAUUACUGACAAGGAGUACUACAAUUCUCUUAAAGGGAGGAAGAAUGUUGUGCUCAUGGGAGAUAUGACUGGAGAUGCAACAAUGGCCAAUGGAGCUGAAGGUGUUGAGACUAUUUUAAAAAUUGGUUUUCUUUAUGAACAAGUUGAAAGUUCGCUUCCGUCAUUUUUGGAUACUUUUGACAUUGUUCUUAUUGAUAAUCAAUCAAUGGAUAUUGUGAUUGAUAUACUCAGGCCAAUUAUUUAAAGAAUUAUGUUUGAUUAAUUAUAAAAACUCAGGUUUACUCAUUUUAAAAGUUUUUUUCUUUAAUAAUUAAGAAGAAGAAUAACACCUUCUUUAUAAUUGCUCGUAAAAAUGCUGAUUGACAAUAUUUUUUAAUUAAUUUCUAGAAAUAAUUU